AUGGCAGGGAGGCUUUUGAAACACCACAUUGUGUGUGGCAUGUCUGGUGGAGUUGACAGCAGUGUUGCGGCAUUGUUACUGAAGAGACAAGGAUUCCGGGUAACUGGUUUAUUUAUGAAAAAUUGGGAUUCCCUGGAUGAGAGUGGAAUAUGUUCCACUGAAGGAGACUACAAUGAUGCACAAUUUGUCUGUGACAAGUUGGAUAUCCCUCUUCAUCAAGUCAGUUUCGUGAAAGAAUAUUGGCACGAUGUAUUUUCAAAUUUCUUAAAAGAGUAUGAAAAUGGAACAACGCCAAAUCCAGAUAUACUGUGCAACAAACUCAUUAAAUUUGAUAAAUUUCUAAAUUAUGCAAUGAAAAAUUUUGAUGCACAUGCCUUAGCCACUGGUCAUUAUGCACGAACAAGUGGUGGUUAUUCCGUUUUGACGAAUCCGGAGUCUGUGAAAAAGAAUGGGAUUGCACUUCUGAAGGGGCUUGAUGCGAACAAGGAUCAGACAUUUUUCUUAUCACAGAUAUCCCAGAAUGCAUUGCAGAAAACUAUUUUCCCACUAGGUGAACUGAUGAAGAAAGAAGUCAAGGAAAUUGCCCUCCGUGCUGGGUUUGAGAGAAUUGUGAAAAAGAAGGAGAGUAUGGGAAUCUGUUUCAUUGGAACUCGUAAAUUCCAAAGUUUUAUACAGGAAUAUUUGGAGACUGCUUCCGGGAAUUUUGUGUCUGUUGAAGAUGGAACAAUCAUGGGGGAUCACAAAGGGUGCCACUUGUAUACAGUGGGUCAAAGGUCAAAUAUUGGUGGACAAAGUCAGGCAUGGUUUAUAUGUCAUAAAGACAGCACAACGCAAACAAUCUAUGUUGCGCCAGGUAGUCACCAUCCAGCAUUAUUUUAUCAAACGAUGAUCACAGAGCCACUUUAUUGGAUUCGUCAAAGUCCUCCGAAAUUAUUGGAAAAAAAGAUGUUUGAAUGCGAUUUCCGCUUCCAGCAUGUGAAUGUGCAUCCCUUAGUGCGAUGUACAGUGACUGUGAAUGAUAAACAGCAAGGUAUCAUAUCUCUACAACAGCCACUGAGGGCGCUAACUGCUGGACAGUUUGCUGUCUUGUAUGACGAGGAUGAAUGCCUUGGUGGUGCUAGAAUCAUGAAAACAGGACCAUCACUUUAUGAGCUCAGUAAAAUGUGCUCAUGAAAUCUGGAAAAGGGUGGUGGGUUGGGUCACAUUUUUUCAAUAUCUUUUGGGGGCAGACAACAGGCAUUUUCAG